AAUUGACAAAAGGUCUCGGGAGGGGAAUAGUACGUUUUGACUACUCUUGCGGAAGAUCUGUACGGUGUGAGAGGUGCGACGGAAUUGCGUUCGCGUUUCAGCCAAUUUGUCGCGAUAGUGAAUGCGCACACGAAGCGGUCUUCCUUUCGCGAACAAUCUUCAAUCGAAAAUCCUCGAAAUCGCACGCGAACGUGACGUCGUGGCGGCGUUUUUCCUUCGUACAACACGUGGGGAAAAGCGCUGUGUUAGCUAGUGCGGCGAUGUUCCGCCCGGUAGAAAUGCACUAAUCAACGAAAUCUCGUAUCUGUUACGAUACGAUGGAGUUUAUGCUGCUGCUAAAGUCCGUGCUGAGUGCUUGUCAGUGUCACGCUCGAGUUAUUGAGUCGUAAAAUGGGUGCAAACAUAUCACAAUUAGAAAGAGAUAUUGGCUCUGAUCAGUUUCCGCCUAAUGAACAUUAUUUUGGUUUAGUCAAUUUUGGUAACACUUGCUAUAGCAAUUCAGUAUUGCAAGCUUUAUACUUUUGUCGACCAUUCAGAGAGAAGGUUCUAGAGUACAAGGCCAGAAAUAAGCGAACUAAAGAGACACUACUAACAUGCCUAGCCGAUUUAUUUUACAGUAUUGCAACUCAGAAGAAAAAAGUAGGGUCUAUAGCACCAAAAAAGUUUAUCGCCAGAUUGAGGAAAGAGAAAGAGGAAUUUGAUAAUUACAUGCAACAAGAUGCACAUGAGUUCUUGAAUUUUCUCAUAAAUCACAUAAAUGAAAUCAUUCUGGCGGAGAGAACUCAGAGCAAGCCGGCUGGAGGAAAGUGUGGAGCGGGGGAUGCCAUUGGAGGAUCGCCACCGGAGCCCACGUGGGUUCACGAGAUAUUUCAAGGGAUACUGACCUCGGAAACGCGCUGCCUUAACUGUGAGACUGUUUCUAGCAAAGACGAGGACUUCUUUGAUCUACAAGUCGAUGUAGACCAAAAUACUUCGAUCACGCACUGCCUCAGAUGCUUCUCCAAUACAGAGACCCUGUGUAGCGACAACAAAUUCAAAUGCGAUCAUUGUAGCAGUUACCAGGAAGCUCAGAAACGUAUGAGAGUCAAGAAGUUACCUAUGAUCCUAGCGUUGCAUCUGAAAAGGUUUAAAUAUGUGGAGCAGUAUAAUCGUCACAUAAAAGUGUCUCACAGGGUAGUUUUCCCAUUGGAGCUCAGACUUUUCAAUACUUGCUUAACAGCAAUGGAUAAUUGUUUUAAAUUACAGAGUGAUGAUGCUGUAAACCCAGAUCGUUUGUAUGAUUUGGUGGCAGUUGUGAUACAUUGCGGAAGUGGGCCUAAUCGGGGGCAUUACAUUUCUAUAGUUAAAAGUCAUGGAUUCUGGUUGCUCUUUGACGAUGAUAUGGUCGACAAAAUUGAUGCUUCAACUAUAGAAGAUUUUUAUGGACUUACGUCGGAUAUUCAGAAGAGUUCUGAAACUGGUUAUAUUCUCUUCUAUCAAUCGCGAGAUUGUAGUUAAAAUUGAAUAUGAAUAGCGAUUGAAGUUAAGCGCUCCUAUAUGCUAAUUUCGUAUUUUAACAAAGUGCGCAGUGCAUGUGAAUUUUUGAAUGUUCUAAUAGGUAUGUCAGAUUAUUUAUGAGAAUGAUACACGAAAUAUUUCAUCAUGUUUUGGCUCCCAGAAUAUAUAGAAAGAGAAAAUGUAGUUUCGUUAUUUAUCUAAAUUUUAUAGAAUUUUUAGUCUAUAUAUGAACCACCGAUUGUGUGUUUGUCGAGAGAAAAACUGGGAGCAAUUUAUGUAAUGUUAUAUUUAUUUAUGUCCGAAGAAGCUAGUCUCCAUCUUUGGAAGAGAAUGAACACAAUUAUAUUUAUCAGUUAUUGCAGUAACAUACGUGUCCAUUGAAAUAGAGAAGGAAACGUUGGAAACACUAUCAGAUUCUAUACAAAUGUAAAGAAAAUAUGACUGAAAAUAAAAAUAUUGUUAUGAGAA